AGGAGCACCACCACCACCACCAUCAUCCGCGGCGGGAGGCGGAGGCGGAAGGAGCGGGAGCCUGCCUGCCUGGGUCCCGGCCGCGAGGAGGAGGAGGAGGAGGAGGAAGAGGAUGAGGCGCGCGGAGGGGAAAUGGCCGCCGAAAACAAGCCGGAAGAUGAUCACGGGAACAGCAACGGAAGUCAUGUAAAAAUCUUUCUACCGAAAAAGCUGCUUGAAUGUCUACCAAAAUGUUCCAGUUUACCAAAAGAACGUCACCGUUGGAACACGAAUGAGGAAAUUGCCGCAUAUCUAAUAACAUUUGAAAAACAUGAAGAAUGGCUGACCACCUCCCCUAAGACCAGGCCUCAAAAUGGCUCUAUGAUCCUCUACAACAGGAAGAAAGUGAAAUACAGGAAAGAUGGAUAUUGCUGGAAAAAGCGGAAAGACGGGAAGACCACCCGAGAAGACCACAUGAAGCUGAAGGUGCAGGGGGUGGAGUGCCUCUAUGGCUGCUACGUUCACUCCUCCAUCAUCCCCACUUUCCACAGGAGGUGCUACUGGCUUCUUCAGAAUCCGGACAUUGUGCUGGUCCACUACUUGAAUGUACCUGCCAUCGAGGACUGCGGGAAGCCGUGCGGGCCCAUCUUAUGCUCCAUCAACACCGACAAAAAGGAAUGGGCGAAAUGGACGAAAGAGGAGCUGAUCGGCCAGCUGAAGCCCAUGUUUCAUGGCAUCAAGUGGACCUGCAGCAAUGGCAACAGCAGCUCGGGCUUCUCGGUGGAGCAGCUGGUGCAGCAAAUCCUGGACAGCCACCAGAGCAAGCCGCAACCCCGGACCCACAACUGCCUCUGCACCGGCAACUUGGGGGCCGGGAGCAGCGUGCACCACAAGUGCAACAGUGCCAAGCACCGCAUCAUCUCGCCGAAGGUGGAGCCCCGGUCGGGCGGCUACGGCGCCCACUCGGAGGUGCAGAACAACGACGUCUCGGAGGGCAAGAACGAACACAGGGAAGGGAAGACCUCCGGCGGGCGGGAGAAGCGGAACGGCAAGGUGGCCAAGCCGGUGCUGCUCCACCAGAACAGCACCGAGGUCUCCUCGACCAACCAGGUGGAGGUCCCGGACACGACGCAGAACUCCCCCGUGUCCAUCAGCAGCGGCCUCAACAGCGACCCCGACGUGGCGGACAGCCCGGCGGUCACGGGGGUCUCCAGCAUGGCCGUGGCCUCGGUGAUGGGGAACCUGUCGCAAAGCGCCACCGUCUUCAUGUCGGACGUCACCAGCGAGGCCGUCUACACCAUGUCGCCCACUGCCGGCCCCAAUCAGCACCUGCUCUCCUCCGACGCCGCGGCCCAAGGGCUGGUCCUGGCCGUCAGCUCGGACGGCCACAAGUUCGCCUUCCCCACUGCCAGCAGCACCGACGGCUUGGCCAUGUUGCCCGCCGGCGUCUCCGAAGAGCUCGUCCUCUCCACCACCCUCGACAGCAGCAGCAGCAGCAGCCGGAAGAUCCCGGAGACCGCCAUGAACUUCGACCCCGACUGCUUCCUCAACAACCCCAAGCAGGGCCAGACCUACGGCGGCGGAGGGCCCAAGGGCGACGGCCUCGGCCCCAACGUCCGGGAGUCGCCCACGGCGGAGCGCGGCUUCAACUUUGGCACCGCCUUGGCCAAGGAGAUCAAGACGGAGGACACCUCCUUUGAGCAACAGCUGUCGAAGGAAGCCUUCUCCGCCUCGGCCAACUCGCUCACCCUGACGACCAGCUCCAGCCUUCUCCCUUCCGGCGGCGGGCUCAGCCCCAGCACAACCUUGGAGCAGAUGGACUUCAGCGCCAUCGACUCCAACAAGGAUUACUCCUCUGGUUUCGGCCAGGCGGUCCAGAGCCCCCACGUCCACCAGACCCCUUCGCCCAGCUUCUUCCUCCAGGACGCCAGCAAGCCUCUCCCCCUGGAGCAGACCCCUCACAACAACCUGAGCGCCAGCAGCGACGCCGCCGGCGGCUCCUUCGCCGGCCCCCUGGGGCUCCCCACCGUCAAGACGGAGGGCUCCCCCCAGACCGCCUCCAACUGCAACGGCGCCGCGGAGGCCCGGAUCGAGUCCACCUCUUCGCUGCAGCUGAUGCAGUUCCAGGCCAACUUCCAGAGCAUGGCGGCCGCCGCGGCGGAAGGGGAGGUCCCCAUGGAGACUUCGCCGCACGCGGAAGAGGGUGGCGGUGGCAGCGGUGGCGAAGGGCUGCUGAAAUCCGGGGAGCUCCAGGCCGCCUGCGGGACGGAGCACUACCUGCCGCCCGAGAGCAACGGCGGGCUGCGGAACGGCGGAGGCGGCCUCCCCAUCCUCCAGGGGAACAUGGCUCAAGGACUCUACCCCAUCGCCCACCCGGGCCUCGGCAACCCCUCCAACAUGGAGCUGAGCCUGGACCACUUCGACAUCUCCUUCAGCAACCAGUUCUCCGACCUGAUCAACGACUUCAUCUCGGUGGAAGGCGGGAGCAACGCCCUUUACGGGCACCAGCUGGUCUCCGGGGAAGGGGCCGCCCUGGCCCAGGCAGAGGACGCCGGCCGGGCCUCCUACAGCCAGGGGGAGAUGUGCAUCCCUUGCUGUAGCCCCCAGCAGGUCAACCUGCACCUCAGCAGCGCCGAGAACGGGGCCAACACCAUGGCGUACAUGCACGUCACGGAGGUGGUCUCGGCCGCUGCCGCCGCGGCCGCCGCGCAGAGCACCCUGGGCAUGCUCCAGCAGAGCGGGCGCCUCUUCAUGGUGACGGACUACUCGCCCGAGUGGUCGUACCCGGAGGGGGGCGUGAAGGUGCUGAUCACGGGCCCCUGGCAAGAGGCCAGCAACAACUACAGCUGCCUCUUUGACCAGGUCUCGGUGCCGGCCUCCCUCAUCCAGCCCGGGGUGCUUCGCUGCUACUGCCCAGCCCACGACACCGGGCUGGUCACCCUGCAAGUGGCCUUCAACAACCAGAUCAUCUCCAAUUCAGUGGUCUUUGAGUACAAAGCGCGAGCCUUGCCCAGCCUGCCUUCCUCCCAGCACGACUGGUUAUCCCUGGACGAGAACCAGUUCAGGAUGUCCAUCUUGGAGCGGCUGGAGCAGAUGGAGCGAAGGAUGGCUGAGAUGACGGGGUCCCAGCAGCACAAGCAAGGCGUCGGUGCAGGAGGCGGGGGCAACGGCAGCAGCGGUGGAGGCAGCGAAGCACAGUGUGUCUCAGGGACGGCCCCCGCCGGCAACUGCUUUGAGAGCCGCGUGGUGGUCGUGUGCGAGAAGAUGAUGAACCGGGCCUGCUGGGCCAAGUCGAAGCACCUCAUCCACUCCAAGACCUUCCGGGGCAUGACCCUCCUCCACCUGGCCGCUGCCCAGGGCUACGCCACCCUCAUCCAGACGCUCCUCAAGUGGCGCACCAAACACGCCGACAGCAUCGACCUGGAGUUAGAAGUCGACCCUUUGAACGUUGACCAUUUCUCCUGCACGCCGCUGAUGUGGGCAUGUGCGUUGGGCCACACGGAGGCGGCCGUGGUGCUGUACAAGUGGGACCGGCGGGCCAUCUCCAUCCCCGAUUCGCUCGGCCGGUUGCCCCUGGCCAUCGCCCGCUCCCGCGGCCACGUCAAGCUGGCCGAGUGCCUGGACCAGCUCCAGCGGGAAGAACAGGCCCAGCUCCGGCAGCCCUCCCGGAUCCCCUGUCCUUCUCGUGAGGAGACCGGCGGUGAGAACUGGAUUGCUCAGUGGCAUGGAGAAAUCAUCGCCUCUCAGCAGGAGCCCCAGAAGGGGUUCACCGUGAUUUCAAAUUCUAAUACAGAAUUGAGGCGGCCUCGGUCAGAGCCCUCCAGUUACUACAGCAGCGAGACCCACAAGGAUUACCCAGCACCCAAAAAACACAAACUGAACCCCGAAUAUUUCUCGGCUCGUCAGGACAAGCUCCUCUCCACCGCCCUGAGCUUGGAGCACCCGAGCUCCCGGAAGCUGAGUCCUGCCGCGAAGGCCUCCCUUCUGGAGACAAUCAGCACCAGGCCGAUGGGCCGGGACUACGCUCGGGAGCCGGUCCCCGACGUGGCCGCCUACCGUGGAAGCUCCGGACUCAAAUGGAGCCCCAAGGAGGCCUACAUGGUCGGCGUGCCCGGGGGGCAGGUGGCCGGCAGCCCAAAGGGACUCGGGGGCAAGGACUCGGGGGUUGGGCGCCUGCACCCACGGGGGGAAUCCAUGGGAGUGCUGAUGAUGGCGGACCGGGAAGCCGCUGAUGCGGAGCUGCUGGCCUUCCGGGAGAGCACGGAGAGCGAGGACUGCUUACACCACGUGGAUGAUUUGCAGGUGACCAUGAUGACGCUGGCCGAGCACAUCAUCGAAGCCACGCCGGAGCGGAUCAAACGGGGGGAGACCUUUGUGCCGGCGGAGACACCCUUGCCUGCCGAGAGGACGGAGGGCUCCCCCUUUGGCUCCUCCAUGAGCUGGCUGGCCAGUUACCUCGCGGAUGUGGAGCAUUUACCGACGGCCACUCAGAUCAGAAGCCAGUACGGGGGACCCCUGACCUCUCCUUCCAGCAGCAGCCUCAGCCCCGCCAGCUCGCCCGUCGGCCACCUGGCUUUCGAGAAGCCCAGCCUCCCCUCGGCCACCGACUGGUCCGAGUUCCUCAGCGCCUCCACCAGCGAAAAAGUCGAGAACGAGUUUGCGCAGCUGACCCUCUCGGACCAUGAGCAGCGGGAGCUCUACGAGGCGGCCAAGCUGGUCCAGACCGUCUUCAGGAAGUACAAGGGACGCCCACUCCGGGAGCAACAGGAAGUGGCCGCGGCCGUCAUUCAGCGUUGCUACCGUAAAUACAAACAGCUUACUUGGAUAGCCUUGAAGUAUGCACUUUAUAAGAAGAUGAUCCAGGCGGCCAUUCUCAUCCAGAGCAAAUUCCGGAGUUACUACGAGCAGAAGAAGUUCCAGCAGAGCCGGAAAGCGGCCGUCCUGAUCCAGCAGUUCUACCGCAGCUACAAGGAGUGUGGCAAGAGAAGGCAAAGUCGCAGGACGGCUGCCCUCGUCCAGCAAAAACUCAGAAGCAGCCUGCUCACCAAGAAGCAGGACCAAGCUGCACGCAAGAUCAUGCGGUUUUUACGACGCUGCCGCCACAGAGUGAAAGAAUUGAAAAAGGCCAAGGAACUUGAAGCAAGAGAGGGUGGCCACGGAGGCAACAGCAUCCCUUAGCAAUGUGACGUUGCUUUUCAGACUGUUUUCAUUUUUCUGUUUUUAGCAGAAACAUGCAACAACAAUUACAAAAAAAAAAAAUUUAAAAAAAUGAUUUAGUUAUUUAAAAAAUUUAAAAAAAAAGACUGACUGCAGUGCCGAGAAUAUCGGAGGCAGGAUUUUAACAGUAAUGUUUGCUCAUUACAUUUGCACUUUCAUGGACAAUUUUUAAUUUGUUCAGCAAGACAUCUUGGAAACUUAACUCUUUGGUUGGAUCAUGGGGUGGGUUAGGGUUACGUGACACCUGGAAGGAUUAUUCACGAGUUGCUUCGUUGCUCUGAAAAAGAAAGAAAAAGAAAGAAAGAAAGAAAGAAAGAAAGAAAGAAAGAAAGA